AUGAGGGAGGGGUCAGCAGAGCACCUGGACGAUUCUAGGAAGGAGGCAGAGCAGAGGAAAGGGGUGCAGGUGGCCCUGUCCUUCACGGGGAGGAGGCGGAGUACAGACCUCCUAUCCUCUGGCUCGCUCAAGCAGCUCGCCUCCCACCCCCGACCAGCUACGGUGCAGAUUGUGUUUCUGAAGUCCUGGGCGGUGCCCCGGGGUCCUCUCCUGCAAAAGGAGGGCCUCGCGCUGGCGGGCGCCGUUCUGCCACGUCCCCAUUUGGCAGCCCCCCCACCCGCCCCCGAGGGCUCGCGGGCAGAGUCGGCCCGCGGGGCUGGUGGGGGGCGGGCGGGCGGGUCCACGGGCGCCGUGCGCUGCGAGCGGCGGCCGCUGGGGGCGCUGCGGGGGCUGCACUUAAAGCCCGGGAGCGGCCUCCCGGUUGCUCCGGCCCGGCGCCCGGUGCAUGCGACCCCCGCGGACGCCCGGUCCCGGCGCCGGAGCCUCGACUCGCUUCUGAGCGCGGCGCCGGGCGCGCGGGCGGCGGAGCCCCGGGGCGGCAUGGGGAAGUGUCACUCCAAGCACUGUGAGACGCGGGCGCGGCGGGCGGCGGGCGGGCGCGGCCACUCACUCUCCCCCGCCUCCCCCCCGCGCUCCGGCCGCGCCGCGGCCGCCGCAGCCCCCCAGCGGAGAGAGAGCCCCGAAGGGGACAGCUUCGUGGUGUCCGCGUUCGCGAGUGGCCGCAAAGGCACGGAGGACGCAGAGCGCAACACCGGCAGCAAGCAGGAGCCGCCUGGCGGGGACCUGAAGGAGGGGCCUUUCUGGGAGGACCAGUGUCCCCUCGAGGUGGCGCUCCCCCCGGAGAAGGCGGAGGGCCGUGAGGGCACAGGACCGAUCUCCAGUGUGGUCGAUGGAGAGAGAGCAGCAAGCCGGGAGGGCCCACGAGGGCCGGGCAAGAAGCACCUCAAUAUCGAUGCGCUGCAGUGUGACGUCUCCAUGGAGGGGGACAGCCACCAGGAGUGGACGUUCACGCUCUACGGCUUCGACCACAGCGGCAAGGCCACCAGGGAGGACAUGUCCAGCCUGGUGCACACCAUCUACGAGGCCGUCGAUGCCUCCGUGAGCCACUCGUCUGGCAGCAGCAGGACCCUCCGCGUGAAGCUGACCGUCAGCCCCGAGUCUCCCAGCAAGAGGAAGGAGAGUCCCCCCACAGGCCAGGACCGGGAGCCCACUCGCUGCAGGACGGAGGCCGAGCUCACUGGGGACCCCGGGGGGGCCGACAAGAGGCCGUCCGCACACGCCAGCGCAUGCAGGAGGCCUGGUGCCGCCCCCCACCCCUGCUGCGAGCGCGGCCCGUACUGCGUGGACGAGAACACCGAGCGGAGAAAUCAUUACCUGGACCUGGCUGGGAUCGAGAACUACACAUCUAAGUUCGGAGCUGGGGCCCCAUCGGCACAGGCUAAGCAGGAGCACCCGGGCAAGGCCGUGCACCCCCAAAGCAGGUCCCGCUCCCAGGAGGCGGACACACACACUGCCCUCCAGCGCAGGUCCCAGGUGCUGGCCGACCACCCACUGCCGGCCACAGAGCCCACCGUCAGGGCCCUGGACGUGCAGCCCCGGUUGAAGGGGCAGGAGAAGCAGCUUCUCAAGUCCCCCAGGGGCUCAGGGCGGCCACCUGGGGCACCAGGCGCCUGCAAGCCCGGGAGAGCCUUCGGCUACGCCCCGCCGGCUGCCCCACCCCAGGCCUCCCAGGACAGCCACCGCCUCCCACAGCCCCCACCACAGCCCUAUGGCCACAGGCGGUCCCGGCAAAAGAGCAGGGAAGUCCACUCGCCGCUCAAGGUGGCGCUCGGCCAGCCUGUGGCACUGGAGCACCAGGUGGUGCGGGACUUGCCGCCAGUGCUGGUGGGGGAGGCCUAUGCAGUGCCCGUGGUCCAGCGCCACGAGCACCACCACCGCCACGAGCACCACCACCACCACCACCACCACCACGCAUCCUAGCGCGUGGCUGGGCGGGGCCGCCAUGGAGGUGCGCCACGGAGGUGCGCCACGGAGGUGCGCCCCUCUGGGCUCCACACAGACGCCAGGCCCACGUGGACAUGUGGGAUGUCACUGGCGGCUCAGUUAGGAAGCUCUUUCAUGUCACCCUUAAAACCAAGUGCGGAAAAAUACACGAGCAUCUGCUCGGAUUCCAAACGAGGCCCCGUGGUGCUGGGGGCUCCGCUCGGGCACGCCGCAUGCUCGGGGCGCACAGGGUGGCGAGGGCUCCCUGUUGGGCGGCCCUUCCUGUAAUUUGGUCAUUAUGAAGUCAGAAGGGGUGGGGUCGGGGCAGCCUGUGUUCAGGGUGCAUGCGGCCCCCAUGCGCUGAUGGACAGAGGGCGGGCGGCCUUGCGGGACACAGAGCCAUCGGGAACCGUGGCGGGAGACAGUGGGGCAGGGUCGAGGCCCACGGGAGGUGGACUGCGUCAUCAGUGGACAGCAUCUUCAGCAUCUUCCCAGCGUCAUCUGUGGACAGAGACGUGGACAACAGGCAGGCUUCUCAUGCUUGGUGGACACACACACGCAAACAUCCAAACACUCGGGCACAGCCUCCGUGAAGCUCCCCUUUGGGAAAGCGGAAUUCCCUCUGGGACAUCAAGAGAGGGGCUGCAGACAAGCAGGAAGGCCCGGGGGUGCGGGCAGCGGGAGGCAGGACGCUCUAGAAGAGCAAGCUGACCUGCCAGCAACUUGAGGUCUGUGCCGGCGGUUCCACAUUGUCUUCUGGGCGCCAUGGUUGAGAAAGCCCCGGUGGUUGAGGCAUGAGCAAGCCACCCGCCCCGGCUCAAU